CUGUAAUCUAUGGGCUUCGCCCCAUCACGUCACGGUCAGGAAUUAAUAGACAUUCAGUUUCAGCAUCAGCACAUACGAACAGAUCCUUGCGAAAAGACUUCAAGUUCGAGCGCGAAGCCCACAAGAACAUACUUGCGGCCUCCUCGCUCAGCCUUAACCGCCCCGCUACCAUCAGUAGGUUAUUCUCGGGAACGCCCGCCAACGCCCGUCGCAAUUUGGGUCCAAACAAAUUUUACCUACCUACCUAGGUAACUCGGCGGCACCCAAGCGCCGACUGGAAAACACGACCUAGAUACAUAGCGAUACGUCAUGCUGGAGCCUGCUACCGCGUCUUGGGAUGUGAGCAUCAGCAAGGCUGACUUUGCGAAGCUCAAAGCCGGGUUUGAGCCUCAAAACCAGGACCAUAAAUGGCGUAUCUGGCACACACAGGAGGGGCAUAGUAACAACACCCUCAUCCACUAUGCGCGGACUGGAACGGGCACUAAAAUGUAUAUUCUCCAUGUCAAGCCAAAUGACGGUGAUGGGAACAUUGGUGCGAACAUCACAGCGAUCACCUGGACACAGAAGAAAGGCGGUACCACAAUCUCGGAGAUGCAGGGCAAAAAGCACGCCAUCAUUAUAACAAGAGCUGUGCUCGACUGCGACAUCGAAGCGCUUCCAGAGUACAGCUUCAAGGAUAUCUGGAACCGUUCCGCAGCCACACUUCCUGUGGAUGAGCAGAGAAAGCGAGACUCGGACGCGUACCUCGAGAAACUUAAGAACAAUUGAUGAGCUAGCAUUGGCUUCCCAGCGAUGUUAACACUUGCACGAGAGACGCCAUUCAAUGUGGCUGAACUUGGAUGCACCUGGCGUGCACGGCGUCUCGGGCGUGUAGCGGAUCACAUUGCCAGUUUGGAGUUGGUUUAGACAAGCUCUAGUGUGGGUCAAGCUUUGGAGGGGCUCGCUUGGACGAGCUUUUGCGGGGAUAGCAACGGGUUAGGGCCGGUUGACCAUGGAGCUCUAUCAGCUCUAUCACGGCAUAGAUAAACAGAUUGGCCUUGCUAUAAGUUGCGAUAUCGCUCUUACUCAUCGGCGAUC